GACGUUUCUUUUUGACAAUCAUCAUUGUCAAAAAAGAUUAAAACAUUCCUUGUGUUUUUUAAUUGUACGCGUAAUUGUUAAUUAAAUCUAUUUUUCGUGUAAUUUGGUGCUGUAAUCUUGCGUAUAAAUAUGAUGGACUGUGUGGAAGAAACCAACCAUGAUCCCCUAUCUGCCCCUCCAGCAUCGGCUCCAGCUAUUGUGGAUCCUAAAAUGGAGAAAAAGAAACCCAGUGAGAAUGUAUGCCUGGCUGACAAUAGUCUGUUGGUAGAUAUAUCAGAUGCUCUCAGUGAGAAGGAGAAAGUAAAGUUCACGGUGCACACAAAGACAACAUUGCCAGAGUUCCAAAAGUCAGAGUUCAUUGUGGUACGUCAGCAUGAGGAGUUUGUGUGGCUCCAUGAUAGAUAUGAAGAGAAUGAGGAGUAUGCUGGAUAUAUUAUACCACCAGCACCUCCGCGUCCAGAUUUCGACGCGUCGCGGGAGAAACUUCAACGCUUGGGAGAGGGGGAAGGUGCGCUAACACGGGAAGAGUUUCUCAAGAUGAAGGAAGAGUUGGAAGAUGAAUACCUAGCAACAUUCAAAAAGACGGUGGCUAUGCAUGAAGUGUUCCUGCAACGUUUGGCUGCGCAUCCGGUAUUUAGAAACGACGCACAUCUGCGCGUGUUCCUCGAGUACGAGCAUGACCUGUGCGCAAAGCCACGCGGCAAGAUGGACGUCAUUGGCGGACUGAUGCGUUCAAUGACGACAACAACCGAUGAGAUAUAUCUCGGCGCUACAGUGCGGGACGUGAACGACUUCUUCGAGCAGGAGACCGCAUUCCUGCAGGAGUACUACUCCCAUCUCAAGGAGGCGGUCGCUAAAGUCGACAGGAUGACGUCGAAGCAUAAGGAGGUAGCAGACGCCCACAUAAAGCUGUCAUCAUGCAUCACCCAGCUGGCCACCAGGGAACAACCGCCCAUGGAGAGGUUCCUCACAAGAGCCUCGGAGACUUUCGACAAGUGCAGAAAAAUCGAAGGUCGCAUGGCCAGCGACCAGGAUCUGAAGUUGGCGGACACGCUGCGUUAUUACAUGAGAGACACACACGCCGCCAAAGCUGUGCUCGUCAGAAGACUUAGGUGUCUAGCCGCAUACGAAGCUGCCAACCGAAAUCUUGAGAAAGCUAGAGCCAAGAAUAAGGAUGUUCAUGCUGCGGAACAAGCUCAAGCAGACGCGUGCGCUAAAUUCGAACAGCUGUCGGCGCGCGCUAGAGAAGAGCUUAUCGACUUCAGAGCGCGCCGGGUCGCAGCAUUCAGGAAGAGUUUAAUCGAGCUGGCGGAACUUGAAAUUAAACACGCAAAAGCCCAGCAGGAGUUGUUCAGAAAGUCUCUACAGGUUCUCAGGGAAUGUCAGUAAGCAUAUACCUUGUUAAAGAUAAAUUGGCAACCAACAAUGUCGUUUAAGCUGCGAUAUAGGUAUCGGUAUAUAACUAAACGCUGACGCGAAUUGCGGAAGUAAAUGUUCACGAUUUUGGGGCUGCAGAAUGUCAUUGGAUGCGGUGCUGUUAUUACGUAUACUACAUAUUGUGUUUGGUAGAUUUAUUUCAGUUAUGCAGUGCUACCAAAUGAAGACUAUAAAUAAUGCGCGCGCGCAAACAUUUGCAACUUCCACUUUUAGUCAAGCGCUCAAGUCUUGUUCCCAUACCUAUCAAUAUCUGACAUUUUCUACUACACAUUCGAAACAAGAGAGUUUAUGUUGCAAUAUUGAAUCGAGUACAUAUAGUAAUCAAUUCCUUAAUUUUUCUUUUUACACGAAAAUUCAUAUAUUUGUAAUAUUGUUUUUUUUUUUUUUUACGUCAAUAAUCUCCAACUUUUUGCCUGGAAAAGUAGCUGUUAUUCUAGUAUGGAAAAUAUACACAACCUAGCUGGAAUGAAAGGUAUAUUGGAUUACUAGACAUGAGUAUAUUGGAAUAAUAUAAUGCUGUAUCGGUGCUAGCUCGUGGUCGACCGGUGCAGGUCUCCAGCGAUCUAUUUAAUCUAACGAGGCGCCAAAAAAGGCAACAUUGUUUUAGCUAUAUAGAAAAGUUUAUUUGUCGAAAAUUCAUUUCAAGUUAACUUUACACCCAUCCACGAAGCAUGAUGAAUUGCAUUCACUUUCUACUAUCAACCACGACAUAGCACCUAAAGACUGGUGUAGUUUAAUCUUACUGCCAAAAAGUUGGUUAAUAAAUAAUAUACCGAUGUAUUCCAACGUUUUUAACGUUAAAUAUAGUUUUAUUAUAUGUUUGAAAGUUGAGUUUGUAUUAUUUUACACUAUAAAAUAUGUCUGCGACAUAGCAUGGUGUUCAGACUGGCUCGAAAAUGAAAAAUGGUUUUAAUUGUAAUAUUUUUGUCGGAAGUAGGUAAUACAUCGCUAUGAGAUCUUCGGAACUGUUUUUUUUUUUAUUAUUAUGAGUAAUAUUAUCUAUGUAAAUGUAUUACAAUAAUAGGGUAAAUAUUUUUUUAUUUUUUUUAUUUUUAAAAUAAGUAAUACGGAAAAAUAAAAACAAAUUUGUACAUAUCCGGUAUCCCUGGAUGAUAAAUAAAUAAAGUAUUCCACUAUUAUUGAAAUACAUACCUACUCAAUUUAUAUUAUAUUAUAAUAGACUACAUAACUAUGUAAUGUGUAUGUAAUAUAGAACAGUUUCUAUGUACUGAAUUGUUAUGUAAGUAACUAUGGUCUCUUAAAUUUUAUGCAGGUAUGAAUAUAGGUCAUGAUACUCGUGACCAUAAAGUAAGAUAAGUGCUGUAUGUCUAGUAAAUAUGUAAGGUAUUUAGAUAAUGUUAUACUCUAUGUUUAUGGCUAGAAAUGUUAUUUUGAAAAAUUAUCGUAAAUAUCGAGGUUUUUAUGAAUGAUUAUGAUUUAUUAAAUCUUUGGGGCAAGGUAAAAUAAAUGUUUCAGUUGGGGUAAAUCGUAAAUAUUACAGUAAAAGCUUUUUUGACGUGCUGAGACAUCACUUGUUAUUUAUGGUAGUAGUUGAUAUCUUUUUUUUUACUGAAAAGAUACUACGGUUUAUAAUAACUAUCCAGCAUAGAAAAAUCACUGAGGAUUGAUUAUUAAACAAAAAGGCUAAAAUAAAAAAAAGAGUUUUAAUUAAUGAUUACUUCUUUGUUUGUCAACAUUUUUAUCAGUGGUUAAUUAAUUCUAGUGUUACAUAUUUCUGUCAUUAUUACAUUAUUUUAAGCGUCAAAGUGAGAAAACAAAUGUUUAAAACUGAUUAAAAGCGUCAAUAAUUAUAAACCUAUAAGAAAAGGUGCGUAUUUUGCCGACCAAGUGUUACAAUUUUAGUUAAUUAUGCGUUUUGAAUGUAUGUUUUUAAAUAUUAUUUACUUUAUUACUUUUUAUAAUAAAACAUAAUUUAGUUGCUUGGUGUAAUGUGGUACUAUAAAAAAGAUUUAAGAUAGCUAAGGUUCUAUCAAUUUAUUCACAUAUAUGUCACGGAAUAUUUUAUAGCUUAUUACUGGUUGUAUCUUAAUGUUUGGGGUAAUUUCUUGCUGAGCGGUAUUAUGUUAAAGUUAAAGAAAUUAUUAUACUUAUAAAAAUAUUAAAAAAUCAAUACACAAAACACAUGUACCCAUGGGGUAAUUCAGUUACCCAGGAAUAUUCUUAAUCGUUUGCCAAGAGUUCAUGCCCUCCAGGUAAUUGGUAACUCCAAGUCGCUGGGUAAGAUCCCAAGCUCACAAGUCAAAUGUUAGUAUAUAAAUUUCUUAGCACUCGUUUUGGCUACGCAAGAACUAAAUUUUAUUACCAAAGUGAGCGUAAUGUAUAGAGCGUAGUGUAAGAAAUGUUAUUUUUAUUUAAGGAAAUAUAUAGUUAUCUGUAUA